AUGGUCACAUCACAUGAACUUACACAGACACUCACACAAUACUAUCAUUUCCGCUAUUGCCUCAUCCUUACCAGUACCCCCCUUCAGAACGACCUUCCCAAACUUUUGGCUCUCUUCAAAUCUCUCCUUCCCAAGAUCUUCAACUCACAGGGUGCGUCGCACCCUAUAAUCACCUGA